AAUGUUUCGUUCUUGACUCAAAACCAGGAAGUGAGAGCUUGCCAUCUAUGCGCUAGCUGUUAUCCUGCGCGAUGAAAGCACAAAAGAAUUCGGAAAACAUAACAUUACUGGUUAUGAUUUGAUAACAUACGACAUAACAUUAGAGCAGAUACAGUUAAUUUAACAAAUUAACUCACCUCGUGUGCCGUUAAGACCGCUAUCUAGCUUAGUCUUUAGCCAUCUGUCAGGAUUGUCGCUCGCUAACAUUAGCAGUUAGUUACCGUUAGCAAGUUGGUUACUACCCGGUGAUGGCUGUGGCACAGAGAGGCUGUGUUGUGGCUGGGUAUUUACUCCUUCUACUGCUGACUGGGUGCAAAGCAAGGAUACACAAGCUCACCCUGACGAAUGAUAUUCGGGUUGCCGUCGACCUCAACAAUUUUGGUUUCUAUGCUAACGGGACUCUGGAUGUCAAUCUGACUUCUCUGCGCCUCCCAAGUGAACAGCUAGCAGACUCCACCGCCCAUAAGGUUGGUUUCAGCCUCUCAAGGUCACGUGUGAAUGGAGUCUUGUCCUACACAGCAGAGGAGACAGAAACAUGUCCACUCGAGCUGAUAACGGCGCCCAACAACGAACCUCUCAUUCUUUUUCUUAUCGAUAUCAAAACACUCAGCGUCACUAUGAAAGCUAUGGGUGUACAAGACAACCUCUUGACAGCAAAAUUAAAGACUGAAGCUCCUGAAGGUCAAAGGAAAACCAGGGAUGUUUCUAAUGUUAAACCAAAUGAUAAACCAGAAAAACCUACAGAAACGCCUGCAGAAAACCCAAAGGACGAGAGUCAGAAGAAAGCUGAUCAGACAGAACCAGAAGCUCCAGAAGCUAAAAAAGUGGACGAAGGAACAUUCAAUCUGGGGCAGACCAAGCAGCUGGCUUUAGCUUUGGACAAGGUUAACGGCUCCUACAGCUUCAGUUUUCACAUACAGGUCGGCUUGCAGGCCCAGGGUCUAUACAGCCUCAGGUUCCACUACUGUCAACCCAGGAACACUCAAGGCAGACACCCCUACUCGUUCACCGUGGAAGUGAUAGAGAGGAAUCCAGGCGGCCUGUACCUGUCUGCAGCGGAAAUUCCUCUGUCUCGCCUUUACAUUUGCAUGGCUGGAGUCUUCUUCGCUGCUGCCAUGGUCUGGGUGUACACACUCAUGAAACACAGGUACAGUGUGUUUAAGAUCCACUGGCUGAUGGCAGCACUGGCCUUCACCAAGUCCACAUCACUGGUUUUCCAUAGUAUAAACUACUAUUUCAUUAACACCGAGGGGAAAGCUAUGGAGGGCUGGGCUGUCAUGUACUACAUCACACACCUGCUCAAGGGGGCGCUCCUGUUCAUCACGCUGGCACUGAUUGGAACUGGCUGGGCUUUCGUUAAAUACAUCCUGUCUGACAAGGAAAAGAAGAUCUUCAUGAUUGUCAUCCCCCUGCAGGUCCUGGCUAAUGUUGCCUACAUCAUCAUCGAGUCUACAGAGGAAGGCACCAGUGAAUAUUAUCUAUGGAAGGAGAUCCUCUUCCUGGUCGACCUCAUCUGCUGCGGAGCCAUCCUUUUCCCUGUUGUCUGGUCUAUCCGUCAUCUACAAGAGGCUUCUAGCACUGAUGGAAAAGCUGCCAUGAAUUUGGAGAAGCUCAAGCUCUUCAGGCAUUAUUAUGUGAUGAUUGUGUGUUAUAUCUACUUCACGAGGAUCAUAGCCAUUCUGCUCAAGGUCACCAUGCCUUUCCAGUGGCAGUGGUGCUAUGAGUUCCUGGUGGAGGUGUCCACCCUGAUCUUUUUUGUGCUGACGGGCUACAAGUUCCGACCAGCAUCCAAUAACCCCUACCUCCAGCUUCCCCAGGACGAGGAGGACGUUGAGAUGGAUGAAGUAGUGACUGAGUCAGGUGCACUGGAGGGCAUUUCCAAAGUGAAGAAGACGUCCAACGGACGCGAACGCCAGAAAGAGUCCACCUUGUGAGCAGGAAGCUGCAUCUUCAGGAGAGACCUGCUUAACAUCCCCCCCCAGGCCAGCUGGUAUAACGGGGAUGCACAUGGACCAAGGCUCCCCACCCACAUUGACAGCUAUCCUUUUGAAACUCUUGCAUCCACAAGAGUUUCAAAAGGUUGCGCUUCCCAGAGAGGAGGCGUGACCACUGUCUGGCUAUGCAAAAAAAAAAAGAAAAGAAAAGAAAAAAGAAAAAAAAAGACUAACUUUGUCGGACGCUCUCCAUUUCCUCGAAACACUCCACCCCCCGAAACUCUGAAGGGUUUCAGGAGGAGACGGCUCCUGCCACAUGGAUGGGUGGAGAUAUGGAAAGAAACUCUGAUGUUCUUUACAGUUUUCAUUCUCUCUCUCUCUCUCUCUCUCUCCCUCCCUUUCCCUCUCUCUCCCUCUCUAUCUCUCCAAAGAUAAUUAUCAUUUUAGAGAAGGACUUGCUUUUCUGGUGUGUUUAUAUCGGCUAUUUAAAACGGUACUUCUGCGAGCCUCUUAGCUGUACCUUUUCGUGUGUGAUGUGAGUACACGUGUGUGAAUGUGAGACAACAAAGAUUUGAACACAACUGUUUUUUGUUUUUUUUUUCCUUUCCCUUUGGAGACAAUAGCCCGUACUCAGGUAAAAGGCUAAUCAGUAUAUAUUCAAAAUUUAGGCAACGGUUUUCCCAUGUUGCUUCUCUUUCCCACUGUUCAGGGGUCAGUAAUGUCCCAUCAGUGUCAAUACACAGCUUCACCACCACACAGUAAAGUGUAUGUUACUUUUUUCUUAUAUAUUUGAUUUAUAUAUUGAAAUAUAUAUAAAUGGAUGUAAGAGGUUGUAUAUUUCAAUAUAUUGACUUAUUGCAUAUUGAAAUGUUAUAUUUCAGUAUUAUUGUUUAUGUUGUAGAGGAAAGACUUCCUCCAAGUCCGUCACAUGGACCGCUGCUGUAAUUUAGUGCUUUAGUGGUUGAGGUCAACUCACAUCUCUGUGAAUUCAGCCCAGGUGGUGACAUGUGGACCUCUUUAUGAAUAAACAGGUUAUUGGAUCAGUCUCUUAAGUAACCAGAGCAGUGGCCCAACUUAUACUCAACGACGGCCUUGUAUUUUGUUGUUGUUGUUUUUUUUCCUUUCUUGGCCAUGUUGUGCCAAUCUGGGCAGAGAAGUGACCUAACUGAUCAUUUUUGAAUUCGUCUGCUUUUGGUUUUACCUUUUUUUUUUUUUUUUUUUUUUUGGCUCUUGAUGUGAAGCUUGUUUUAUUAAUUAUUGAUGAAUUAUUGGUUAGUGAACGCUCAGAAACGUGUGCAGCCAGUUAGGGUAGAUGGCCAUUUGUAAAUAAUUUUACAGAAAAAGACUGUUGAUACAAAAGGAGGCACAUAACACUUUCAUAAGAACUGCAUAGAAGCUUUAUAGACGGUGUUUCAGACAGGUUCGGUUUCAAUGAGAUUGUUUUAUUCCUUUCAAUAGACGGAGGGGAAGAGUGACAGUGAGGAAUCAAUGAAAGACUACUGAGAUUUAACCACAGACACUUCUGUACAGGAAGGACAGAGCUGCAUAGUGUUUACAGACUGUUGACGUGUCUCCAGGCUCUGGGUGUCGGGUACCUGGGAGGACAAGAGUUAACCGACAGUAAACCAGUUGAGUGAGGAAGGUUUUGUGCUUGUUACAGAGGGCUGUUUGUGUGAACUGUCACAAUAAAGCGGGUGUUCUGGAAAGGUCUCAAA